AUGGCUGAAAUUAUCAUAAUUGAAAAACAAGAAAUAAUUAAACAAAAAGAUAAUGAAAUAACAGCUCUCCAGCAAAAUUCUCAAAACUUGACUAAAGAAAAAACUGAACUAGAAGAGGAGCUAGCAGUAAAGGAAAGAAUUAUUGAAGGGACAAAUAACAACAUACAAGAAGAAAAAGGAAAAUUGGAAAAUGAAAUAAGCAAAUUAAAGGAGAAAAAUCAAAUUAUUGAGAAGGAUUUAAUUCAAGCUCAAGAGCAAAUAAAAGCUAAUAUAGAAAUCAGCCAAAAACAAAAUGAUCAACUACAAAAAAAGAUAUUUAAAAAACAAGAAAAGAUUAGACAAAAAGAAAAUGAAAUAGAAGCACUACAGCAAAAUUCUCAAAACCUAACUAAAGAAAAAACUGAACUAGAGGAGGAAUUAGACAAGAAAAUAAGUGAAUUAGAAAUUGAAUUAGUAAAAAAGGAAAAAAUCAUUGAAACAGCAAAUAAAGAAACUGCUCAUUAG